ACGACGACGACGACGACGACGACAACUCGAGACAAGACCCUCACUCACUUACGCACGAACGCCCACCUGUCUGCCCACGCCCUUCGGCCGGACCAACUGCGAAGAUGAGCGCGAGAUACCAGAAUGGCGAGGCGUCGGACGCUGAAGAGGACGCCAUGGUGAACGACUAUCGCGAGCAGGUGCAAUAUGAUGGCAUGGAGGACUUGGACCGUGUACCGUCCAUCGCCGGCAGCCAGGACAUUCACGCCCAGUUGCAGGCUGCCGCGACCCCUCUGGAGUUCCAGGCGACUCUGGAGACCAAGUUUGCUAGCUACGACAACUACUGCAACCUGUUCCACUUCAUCUUGAACUCGGAGGGUCCGGUGGAUCUCGAGGUUCCAAGCUCUUCAUGGGCCUGGGACGUUAUCGACGAGUUCAUCUAUCAGUUCAACAGCUUCUGCGGUUACCGACAAAAGGUUGCGCUAAAGAACGACAACGCCGAGGAGAUCCAGCUACUUCGGGAAAACCCAAACACCUGGGGAUGCUACAGUGUACUCAAUGUUUUGUACUCCCUGAUCCAGCGAUCCCAGAUCAGCGAACAGCUCUCGGCGAUAAAGCGGGGCGAAGACCCUAAAGCGUAUGCGGGAGAAUAUGGCCAACGACCAUUGUACCAAAUGCUCGGAUACUUCUCCAUCGUCGGUCUGUUGCGGGUACACUGCUUGCUCGGUGACUUUAGCCUCGCCCUCAAAACCCUCGACGAUAUGGAGUUGAACAAAAAGUCCAUGUUUGCCCGUGUCAUGGCCGCCCAUUUCACCACCUAUUACUAUGUAGGUUUCUCCUACAUGAUGAUGCGACGCUACGCCGAUGCCAUCCGCAUGUUCAGUCACAUUCUGGUUUAUGUUUCACGGACGAAGAAUUUCCAAAAGAACGCCCAAUAUGACUCCAUCACCAAGAAGAAUGACCAGAUGUACGCUCUGAUUGCCAUCUGUGUUGCCUUCCACCCCACGCGGCUGGAUGACACUAUUCACACCGCCCUUCGUGAGAAGUACGGUGAGCAGUUCAACAGGCUUCAACGCGGUGGUCCCGAUUCUCUACCUCUCUUCGAGGAGCUCUUCAGGACCGCCUGCCCUAAAUUCAUCAACCCCACCCCUCCUGAUUUCGACAACCCGGAGGUCAACGUGGACCCUGUGGAGCACCACCUCCGCAUUUUCAUGGACGAGGUCAAGAACAACAUGAUGUCCCCAACGGUCAAGAGUUAUCUCAAGCUGUACACCACCAUGGACUUGAAGAAACUGGCUGGAUUCUUGGAAGUAGAUCCCGAGAAGUUGAGGUGUUGGUUGCUUGUCAACAAGCAGAGGAACAGGCAAAUCAGGUGGAGCGAGGGUGGACUUCUCGCAGGUGAUGUUGUGCACAGUAGCGACUUGGACUACGCAAUGGAAGGAGAUCUCAUCCACGUUGCCGAAGCCAAGGUUGGACGCAAACUUGUAGACUGGUAUCUCCGCAACCUCGCGAGAACGUAUUAG